AUCGAAACUGAAAUAAGCUCAAUUGGUAAAGUAAUAAGUUUUUAACCGUUUUUACCAGUCGAAUAUUCGGUAGUAGCAAGGGUGAAAUAGAAUAACGGUCUUAAUGACAAAAAAAAACAAUUAUGCUCGGACAACCGAAUAAUAUGUGAAAACCAAAUUCAAAAUGUUGAGAGGAAUCAUUUCGCAGGUGACAAGAAUUUACGGUUCCGUGAGUUCUGUUAACCUAAUAAAAAGAAUAUCAACGAUCCCAAGUUUGACCAGUGCUACUACUUUCAACAAAGAGCCUCUGUCCACAAGUAUAAAUCAAGUGCAAACCGACAGCUAUCUCAAUCUUCUAAGACAGGCAUCCGAUGCUAAAGAGGUUCUGGAGUUCCUACCUACGCUCGAUAAACGGAAACUCGAUCGCCAAGCAGUGACGCUGGCAGCUCUGAAGGCUCUUUUUGAAUUGCACAAAAAUGGCAAAACCACAAUGCAGCGGACAGAAGUUUUGAACCAUCCACGCUUCGCCGAGCUUUGUAAGGCUUUAAAGUAUGAUUCUAGAUUUCUCAUUGUGAAUGACAUAACAGAAAGUUUGAAAAUACUCACCUACUUUGGAGUUGGUUCGAGCAGUGAAAUCGUAACCAUUCUGCUUCACCUUCUACGCCAUCAAAUCAAUGACAUCAACUUGGAUCAUAUUGUUUUUCUGAAUUUUAUAUUAACGAAGAUGGAUCGAAGUCCGCUGAUCGAGGCUUUGCUGCUAGCGCUUCCUAUGUUAUUUCAGAUUCAAAUCGCAUAUAAAAUGGACCAUGAAAACAUUCAGCAGUUGGUGGACCUAUUGGGUUUUAUCAGUAAACAUCGGGUUUCCGAUCGUUGCGUCAUGAAUGUAGUCAGCGCUCUUACGUUACAUGGCACGAACCUAAGCGGUAUGCAGGCUGCUGAUGCAUUGAAAGCAUUAACCGAGUUUUCAUUCUUCGAACCGCAGUAUCUAAAGUUGCUAGAAAAUAUAUUUAUCGCAUUGACCGAACGUAUUGAUGAAGUGAACUUCAAAACAAUAGACUUCAUAAUGAAGAAAAUAGUCGAUAAGAAUUUAGAAAAGUAUCCGAUGUUCUACAAUGAAGAUUACUUCAGGCGAUGUGCUCAAUUUAUUGUUGAUCACAAUAUUGGCCUUCUAAAUGCAUUAUAUUUUCAGAAGAAAUUCAAUAAAAUCGGAUAUCUUCACGUUCCACUGCUGGAUUACAUCGCUUCGCGUGCUGAUAAUCUUUCGAUUGUUACAAAUUCAGGAAUUAUUACAAUCGUGGGAGCCUUUGCAAACGCAAAUUAUAAGCCCCCCAACUGGGAACAAGUUAAACCGGAAAUUAGCAGACACUCGCUUCUGACCAGCAGCACCAUUCCUUGGAUACGCUACAACCUGGAGCUUCUCUCACUGGAUAUUUACAACAGCGAGUUGCUCAAGCACUACCUAGACUCUUCAUCGCUUGAGAAAAGCAUGGCUCGGAAUGCUACCAUCGAUUAUCUGCAGAUUCUACAACUCACACAAACGCUACAACUUCUUCAUCCGGAAUACGAUGGACCACUACCGGAUCGUCGUUAUCUGGAGAAGGCAAUUGCCUUGUUACUGGAAAACUCGGACCUUCCGCUACUGAAACCACUUGAGCUGACAUUUGGCGGAGAAGGAAGUGUACUGACGCAGGUUACCUCCGAAUACGGGCACGUGUUGGACUACGUUGUGGUGUUCGACCAAAAUGGCAGUAUAGUGAAGCAGCCACGAAACAGUGAAGAAGACAGAACGGCAACAAAGAUUGAGGAACUUAAAGCAGGCGGAAAUCAAAUCAUUACCAUUAUUUGUCUAGCAAAAAUAUGCUACGCGCUUAAUGUCAACAGACUGCGUGGUCAAUACGCACUCCACCUCAAAACGAUUGAGACUCUUGGCGUAUCGGUAGUACCAAUUUCGUACCAACUGUGGUCGAACCUGCCAGAAGCGGAACGAAUACCAUUUCUAGAGCGAGAAGUGCGUGCGAAGCUGAAGUAGUGAAGUUUAAAUGAAUUCGGAUUUCAGAAUAAAGCACCUUUAAAUUACA